GGGCACUGGGUCAUCAGGCAUUGGAUUGUCUUGCUCGACAGCGGGCAUCGGGUCACCAGGCAUGACAGCGGGCACUGGGUCAUCAGGCAUUGGAUUGUCUGGCUCGACAGCGGGCAUCGGGUCACCAGGCAUGACAGCGGGCACUGGGUCAUCAGGCGUGAUAGGAUCAUCAGGCUGGAUCAGUUCAUUAGGCUGGGUACAGACAUCAGGCUGGGUAGAGACAUCAGGCUGAAGUGCGGGUGCCGAGGCACCAGGCUGAACCACGGAAGGCAGGUUCUCAGACGGCAUAGGCUCACCGGUUUGGAUACUGGCAGGAUGGUACUGGUUGGAAAGAAUUUUCGCUUUUUUCUGGUUUUUAACUACUGG